UGCCCAGGGAAUGGUCCCGGCCCCAAGGCUGCCAGAGCUGCAGGAGCGUUUGGACAGCGCUGCCAGGCGUGCUCAGGAUGAGGAUGUUGGGGUGUUUGUGCGGGGACAGUGGCUGGAUCCACGCUCGCUGCGGAUCCCGCUGAAGCCAUUCCAGGAUCCUGUGGCAGCUCCCGGCCCUCCCUCAGCCCCGCCCGCCCCGCCCCGCUCUCAGGCGCGCCGCGGGCAGCCCUGUGCGGGCAGCGGCGUCGCGGGGUCCUCGCUGCCGCGCCCGGCGCUCCCAAGAUGGCGGCGGGCCCGGUACCGGCCGUGUGAGGCGGGAGCGCGUCCCGGCCGCCCGCGGCUCCUCCGCCCGCCCGGCCCCGCUCCCGCCCCGCAGCCGGCGGGAUGCUCAGAUCCACCGGCUACUUCCGCGGCAUCGACUGCCCGUUCCUCAACGCCGGGGGGUCGGGGCCGGGCCGGGGGUGCCGCAGGCCCUACUGCCACUUCCGCCACCCCCCGGUGGCCCCGGCGCCGUGCGGAGCCUCCGGAGCCUCAGGCGACCCCAGCGUGGGGCUCCCGCUCGGACACGGCGCAGAGCGAGGCUAUGAUCCCUACAACCCUGAGCUGCCCAGGCCCUCGCUGGAGGUGGAGGAUGGCUUUCUGGCUGACAUUACAGAUGUCACACCUGGAAUUCUGGAGCUGGAGCUGGUCAACAAGGCCAUUGAGGCAGUGAAGAAUGAAGUGGAGAGGGAGCAGAAGAAAUAUGAGGAGCUGCUGGAAACCACGAAGGAGUUUGGUGCUUCAGAAGGCUCCUCACUCAUUUCAAACACACCUGUGUCAGCUGCUGGGCCUCAGAAUGAUUCCUUUGCUUCCUUGGAGUAUAAUCCAGGGAGCUACAACUUCAGUAAUAACUCAGACUACAACCCCACUCCUCUGGCUGCUGCUGGCCGCUCCAGUAAAUACACUUUGGAUUCCUCCCGCUCCAAAGGGAGCUCACUGGAGUACGUCCCCAAGGCUGUGGUGCAGAAUAAAAAAUACAGCAGCACUGUCACUAACAACAAAUACGUGAUUGAUGACUCCAAGCCCUCCACAGACUUGGAAUAUGACCCCCUUUCCAAUUACUCUGCCAGGCUGUUGGGCAAAGCCACAACCAAGGGGUCCAAAAGGGAAAGGGCCUCUGAUUAUGAGGACUCCUACUCGCCAUCACGGAAGAAGCUCUGUGAAGAUCCCGAUGAUGAUGAGGUCUUGGCCAGGUUCUCCUCCUCUGAAGAUGAGGCUGAGGUGGAAUAUAAAACAGCUCCUGGUAGUUCACCCUCAAAAGCCGGUUCUGAGAGUGAGUCAAACGAGUUCUCCAGCAAAGAGCAGAGUACAAAAGUGGAUGGCUCUGCUUCCCAGGAAAGCAAAGAAGCAGGAAAGCACAGGGAGGACCUUCCAAAUUCACAGAAAACCCUUGCCAAGAAUUCAUCAGACAAGAAUUCAAAGGCAGCGAAGUUGUGUUCUGGUAAGAACAACAAGGAGAUUGAAAAUAAAAACAAAGACUCCAAAGACAAAACAAAAAAGAAGAAAACCGAUGUUAGUAAAGCACCAGGCCUCAGUGAGGCUGGGAAGAAGGAGAAAAAUAAAAAUGCAGACAAAGACAAAGUGCUCAAGAAAGAAGAAAAAUUAAAAACCAAGAAUGAAGAGAAAAACUGCAAAGACAAAAGCAUCAAAGUGAAAACAGAUGGGAACUUGAAGAAACCUGAAAAACAGAAGUCAGAAAAAGUGGAUGGGUGUAAGAAAGAAAAAUCCAAGUCCAGCACCAGCAGUUCAGGGAAAAGCAAGAGCGAGGGUGUCACCAAAGGCACAGAGAAAGUGGGGAGCAGCAAGAAGGAUCCGCAGAGCAAAACCACUGAUGUGAAAAAUGGCAAGGAAAGCUCUGGUCGUAAAAACAAGGAGAAAGGGACCAAGAGCUCCCUGGAGCGAAAGAAGGACAAGGUCAGUUGUGCAGGACAAGGAGAACCCAAGAAGGGUCAGAAGCAGCAGAGUUUGAGUCACGUGGACCUGUUUGGAGAUGAGAGUGGAGAUGAGGAUGACAAAGGCCGGCCUUUGUCCUCCUCGUUGCUUGAUGUGAGCUCGGACUUGGAUGAGGCUGACUCUGGCUCAGCCUCUGACAGUGACAAGGACAGGACAAAGAAAGUGAAGCGCUCGAAGUUGUCCAAGUCAUCAUCAUCUUCCUCAACAUCUGAUGACAUUGAUUAUUCCAUCCUUGAGAAAGAUGUGGACUUUGAGUCAGAUCCCAUGGAGGAGUGUCUCAGGAUCUUUAAUGAAUCGAAAGAUGUAAAAACUGAAGACAAGGGAAGGCUGGGCAAACAGCCAUCCAAAGAAGAAGCAAAUGAAGAAAAGACAGAAGAUAAUUUAACUACCUUGUUUCCUGGCCAAAAAAGAAGGAUCUCUCAUCUUGUCAAACAAGGAAAUGCAGAGGCCCCGAGCAAGCCGGUAGUGCGGCCCUACCGUCCCCCCACAGCCCAGGAGGUGUGUUACCAGAGGAUCCAGCUGGCUCAGCAGCAGGCAGCACAGCUGGUUGGGGCUGUUCAAAAGACCUCUCUCUGUUUGCCAGGAGAAAAGAGGAGGAUUGCUCACGUGCCAAAUGCAGCCCUCACCGCAGCAGCCAAGCAAAGCCUCGGGAGCAGUAAGACGACUGUUGGUGGCAGGAGUGUCACACCUUCCAAUGACUCUGAAGCCCCCACCCUUCCUCUGAAGCCUUGCACCUUGGCUGGGAUGGCUUCCAAGACCACCAGCACCAUCGUGCCCAAAAGGGUAGCACAUGUUCCCUCCUUACAGAGCACCACUUUACAGAGGCCUGUUAUUCCCACAGAAUUUGGUGCUAAAGUCCCAACCAACAUUCGUCAGAGGUAUCUCAAUCUCUUCAUUGAUGAGUGCCUGAAAUUCUGCUCCUCCUCCCAGGAAGCCUUCGACAAGGCCCUGGCAGAGGAGAAGGUGGCCUACGAGCGCAGCACCAGUCGCAACAUCUACCUGAACGUGGCCGUGAACACCCUGAAGAAGCUCCGCAGCCUCGUGCCCAACUCCCCAGCCAGCACCAACAAGACAAGUAACAAGAAGGUGGUGUCCCACGAGGCUGUGCUGGGAGGGAAGCUUGCUGCCAAGACCAGCUUCACUCUGAACCGCUCAGGGAGCCUGAGAGCCGAGGAUCUGACAGGAGCUGCCCUGUACCGACGCCUCAAGGAGUACCUGAUGACUGAGGAGCAGCUCAAGGAGAACGGGUACCCAAUGCCUCACCCUGAGAAGGCUGGACGGGCUGUGCUCUUCACUGCAGAGGAGAAGAAAGUGAUUGACUCCUCGUGCAGGAUCUGCUGUCGCUGUGGCACCGAGUACAUGGUGUCAGCCUCGGGGAGCUGCAUCCGCAAGGAGGAGUGCGUCCAUCACUGGGGGCGGCUGCGCAAGCAGAGAGUGCCAGGUGGGUGGGAAACUCACUACAGCUGCUGCUCCGGAGCUGUGGGGUCACCAGGCUGCCAGGUUGCUAAACAACACGUGCACGAUGGGCGCAAGGAGAGCCUGGAUGGCUUUGUGAAGACUUUUGAGAAGCUGCCCACGACUGAUGGCUACCCUGGGAUCUAUGCCUUAGACUGUGAAAUGUGCUACACUAAGCAAGGACUGGAGCUGACGAGAGUAACUGUGAUCAACUCAGAGCUGAAAGUGGUGUAUGACACCUUUGUCAAGCCUGACUCCAAGGUGGUGGAUUACAACACCAGGUUCUCAGGUGUGACAGAAGAGGACCUGGAGAACACGAGCAUCACCCUGCGGGAUGUCCAAGCUGUCCUACUGAACAUGUUCAGUGCAGACACCAUACUGAUAGGGCACAGCUUGGAAAGCGACUUAUUUGCACUAAAGCUGAUCCACGGCACUGUGGUGGACACAGCCAUCGUGUUCCCCCACCGCCUGGGGCUGCCCUACAAGCGGGCCCUGCGCACGCUGAUGGCCGACUACCUCAAACGCAUCAUCCAGGACAACGUGGAAGGACACGACUCCAGUGAGGAUGCCAGAGCCUGCAUGGAGCUGAUGGUGUGGAAGAUCAGAGAGGAUGCCAAGGUGAAGCGAUGACCUGCGUUGUGUCUCUGCUGUCCUCCUGCACCUCUGUGAAGAAGCAGUGCAAUAAAUGCCCACAGCCACUCUGUCCCCUCGUGCCAGCAGCAUGUUCCUGCUCCCCAGCCAUCCCAGCAGGACUCCUGGACUCACACCUGCAGCCCCCCUGCCCAGGUGGUGGCUCUCGGAUCCUCAGACUCCACCUGAGGGAUUCUCUGUGGUCCAAGCACUGCCUUUUGGGCCUGGCAAGGUGGUUUUGAGUAGCACAACCAGAACUUCUUGGUUCCUAGGAGAAGUUUGUUAGAGGUAGGUUGGAGAUGUGCAGAAGGUUCUUUCUGGUUCAGUUCAAGGUAGAUUGUUUACUUUUUUUUUUCCCCAAAUGUAACUUAAAUUGCCUCUGUACUCCAAAGCAGUGUUUGGAGAGGGGGGAGAUGGAAGAAGGUUGGGCAGGAAGCUGUGAGUGGAUUGUGUAGCUGGGGUGGGAAGCAAGAGCUGAGGAUCAAGCACUUGGGAAGAGAUCCUGGUGCAAUCCCACUGCAGAGCUGCAAAAGAGGGAGGCAGGCUCUGAGGGAGAGGAAUGAGGGGAUCUGGGAAUUGCCACCUGCUGUGCCCCAGGUGAUCUCCUUGCUGAGGACUGGCUGGCACCUGGUUCUGCAGUCAGUGCAAAGGGGGAAACCACGAGUGUCCCACCUUGCCCAGACCUCAGGGAGCCACGAGGCAGGACAGGGACAAACAGCUCCCAGAGCCAGGGAGAGCCUGCAUCCCAUCACUGCAGGGUAGGACAAGGGUCCUUCCCUGACCCUCAGCUUCCAGCAGGGCUCCAGUGAGCUUGUGUUCAGGGAACAAGGUUUUUGGGUGUGCAGGGAAGGUUGCACCUAAGGGUGGUCUCAGCAGAGUGCAGGACUCCCCACCAGCCUGGCCCUGCUGCAGGGACCUGGUCCAGGCCAAAGCAAAAGGGGAAAAUCCUUCAUUUCACCUCGUUUGCAUGUUGGGAGUUCUGCAGAGAGCAAAGGACCCAGCUGUGUGUCUGGCACCUGGACUAAAGCAGCUGCUGAGUGUGACUGUCACUGGGGUGACUGGAUGGCACUGGUGGGUCACUGCCCAGCCCCUGCUGCUGGCUGGGGACAGCAGAGCUGAGGGGAACCGUCCCCAUGGACCCCAUGUCUGUCAGCUGGGGUCAGGGAGCACCUUCACCCCAGAGCAGUGACCCCUCACCCUCCCUGGCAGCGCUGGAAUUGUCCCUUGGUGGCUGCUGUGUCCCUGUGUCCCUGCAGGGGCUGGCUGUGUCAGUCUGGGGGCAGUGGGGCAGAGCAGCUGCUGGGGUUUGGUUCCUGUCAGAGCCAGGUCCUGCUCACUCCUUUGUGCCCCUGCUUGGUUUGGGGACAGCUGUGUGUCCCCUGCAUGUCCUGCUGAGCCGUCCCCGGCUGUGGGCAGGAGCGUGGGCUGGGCUGUGGUCCAGGACAGGGAUGUCCUGCUCCAUCCCCACGCUGGGCCUGGUGAACUCUCUGCAUCCCACUGCUGCCCUCAGAGGCAGGGAGGUGACUUCUCUGCCAGGCUCUCCAGGAGCCACCAGGAGCAGUGGGGCUGUACAGACUCCUGCUACUGCUGAGCCCAUCUGUGUUUCCCCUGGCAGCCAGUUCCUUACCCCAGGUUUUGGGGAUGCAGCUCCCUGCUGCUCCCCCACUGCUCCACAUCCAGCUCUGCUCCUUCCCUGCCCUGGGGCUUCCACCCCAAGCAGCCUUGGGACACCUUGGGCUGUCCCUGUGUCCCACUGCCUGCAGGGAACAGCGCUGGUCCUGCCCAGGCUGUGGGAGACAGUUCAGUGCUUCCAGCUGGGGAGGGAAGGUUUGUUCCUGCUCCUGCCUCUUUCCCAUGUUUAUCCCCCAUUGAUCUUCACCCCUGGCUGCAGGGAUGGAAUGUCCCUGGAGCAGCCAGGCCAGGCUCAGAUAUGGCUCUUGCCUCUUGCCAGUUCCUCAGCAGGCAGCCCCUGCUUCCCAGCCUUCCCACAGCAGCUCCUUCCCUGGGAAAGCCAGGCAUUCUGCCGUGGGCACGGUGUGCUGUGUCCUGCUCGGCAGCUGCUUGGCUCCCUCCCACCUCCUGGGGCUGGGGCAGGCAGGAAUCCUGCCAGGCCGUGGACCUCCAUCAUUUCCUUCCUUCCCCCAUGGUCCAGCCUAAAGUGAGGCUUUUGGGUUGGGGGUGUGGGGGAGUUGCCUGUGUCAAGGGAUGUCCCUGGGAGAGUGGAACCAUAUCCAGCCACACCAUGGGUGUGGUAAGAGCCAGUCCUGGCCCAGGGCUGCCAUCACCUCCCCAGGCACCAGAGGUUUGGUUGGGUUGUACAGAACGAUUGUAACCUGUAACUUUUUGUAAUUGUUUUUAAUAAAAGAGUGUUGACUAGA